AUGGCGUCCAAUUCACCGGGAAAUUCUUAUCUUAUCUUAAGAUAUCAAAGGGUGUUUGUUAAAGAUGUGGAAAGAGUUAUGUUUGUAACUGAGCAGCAGGAAGAAGAUUUAUANGGAGCCCUGUUUACUGAGGGCGAUGCUUGGAUUUGUAUGGAAUUGAUGGACACAUCCUUCGAUCAGUGCUACAAGCAUAUUUAUGGUGUCCUGUUGGAGACCAUACCUGAGGAUAUUCUGGGAAUGACUUCAUUAGCAGUAGUCAAGGCACUGGACUAUCUAAAAACCAAGCUUAAUAUUAUUCAUAGAGAUGUGAAACCUUCCAACAUUCUCCUUGAUCUCCAGGGAAAUAUCAAAUUAUGCGACUUUGGCAUUAGUGGCCAACUGGUGGACUCCAUUGCUAAAACCAGAGAUGCUGGNUUUCAGAUUGAACUUGCCACUGGGAAAUUUCCUUAUCCUAAAUGGAAGAGUGUCUUUGAUCAGCUUAGUCAAGUUGUCAAAGAAGAGCCGCCUCGCUUGACUAAUGAAGAUGGAAGAAACUUUUCAGACGAAAUGCUUACCUUUACAAAUGUGUGCUUGACAAAGGAUGUUACCAAAAGACCAAAGUAUAGGGAACUACUGAAACACCCAUUCAUUUUGAGGUACGAGGAAAAGCAAGUCGACGUUGGGUCCUGGCUCAAAAGAAUUUUGGCGCAGGCGCCACUGAACUUAGAUAAAUUGGAGUUAUGAUGUCUUUUUACAACUAUUUUUGCACAAAUGAAAUGUAAAUACUUAAUAAUUCGUAAAAAAAAUGUACUUGUGUGGCAGUUUGUGGAGAAUGGCAUCUCUUAGUCUGAAUCAGUACAGGAACUUCUUUUCACCCGCUAGAAUUGCUGAUAUUAGACCUUUUUUUUUAGUUUGGUUGUCUUAUCAUGUAAGUAAAUUUUCAUUUAGCAUUGUUUUACUGCGCUUAGUGAUUGGUUUAGACCUAUAAUUGUUUUAAUUUGAGUGUGGAAAGUAAAUUUGCAUUUGCUUAUGUAUUGGUGUUGCAUUACAGCGAUUAGUCGUUGGUGAAGAAAACAAAACUUUGUCAAUCAUUCAGAAUUAAACUCCAAACAAAUCAUGACUCGCCUACACACAUUUUCCGGCCCAUUACGCUAACUUAAAUGUACAUGAAUUUGCUGUGAGGUUUGAAUGGUUUGCUGGAUUCUCUGUGUUCCUCGUGCUUAUGAUAGCAAUUUUGGUUCUAGUAUGGCCUGGUAGCUCCCAACCAUAAAAUCUUGUGUCACAUUUACCACUAUCAGUCCAUGGAUCAAAGCUGUUAAACACACCUUUGCACCAUUAUCUUAAUCGCAAAGAAUUCAGUAGCUUGGCUAUCAUUUUUCCUGCUUCAAGCUAAGAUGUGCGAUGUCAAAGCCUGCCAACAGCCCUUAGGUAACAAACAAAGUGACUUGAUAAUUAUAUUUGUUAAAAUGGUGCUGA